AUGGAAUACUUGGGGUUGCUUGUGUUGCUUGCUGGUACAGAAUUGGCAAUGACAUCAAGCGAUGUGAAUAUAAAAGAAGAAUCUUGUGUGAACUGUGGUGUUUGUUUGUGCCGCUUUGUCAUUAGCAAGAUGCAAUGCAAUGUAUUGUCUUUCUUUACUCUGCAGGCUGUGGAACUUUGUAAUAAUUGUUUACUUGGUUCUACACAAGACAAAGCACUAGUUAUUCAAUUCCACCUGAAGAAAAAGAUUUCCUUCUUCAACAUGGCGAUUCUUCUUUCAUUCCGCUUCCUCCUAGUUCUGGCUGUCUUAAUGGUUUUGCUGAUUUCUGCUCAAUCAUUUUCAGAUCUUGAACCUUCAGAGGAGCAUGAGGAGGUCAAAACCAUUUGCAAAUUUAAACGCCUCGCAGAAGUUGAAAGAGAGUGCAAGCCUGUUUUAUCAGUGUCAUCUAAGAUGAAGCUUGGAAAUGAUAAAAUAUAUAGUUUUGCUAAAGACCUCUCUUUUCAGAAUGGAGACUGGGUGCAAGAGGCUGGCAGUGCACCGUUGAUGCCAUUUAAUGAGAAUGAUAUGCCAAAGAACUUUUCUGGUAUUGGUUCCACUCUGAAACUUGCUUCUUUCUGGUUAAUGGGCAUGGAUUUUAACCGGCAAGCAGAUGAUGUAUUGGGUAUCUGUGGCAUCUUAUCCAUCGCAAUUACGCGGAACAGGACUCUUUCAGACAUGCCACAAAGAUGGUCUCCUUGGUUCCAUACAAGCCCUGGCUACUCUGAUUUGACAAUCAUCUUUGAAGGACUCUAUGUUGAGGAAGCCAAUGGAGGAGACCGCCUGAUGUGUUUAUUAGGGACUACAAAAAGUUUUCAGUAUUCAUUCGUGAAGGAUGAUAGGAUAAUGCUUAUUCUUCGAUACCCUGAGAUCUUCACUUUGACUAGUAGAGCAAUUCUUGGUGAGUUGAGAAGUCUAAAUAAGAAGUCAGAUCCUAAAUAUUUUGACGAGGUCCAAAUUUCAUCACAGCUGAGCUAUGACUCGAAAUAUCAUUUUGUAUCUGAGCAACUUGUAUCUAGAGCUUGCAAUCCAUAUUCAUGUCAUGAACUUCCUGAUAACAGAAUUCAAGUCCACAAAGCGUCACAGUUUUGCAAAGUUCUUCAAAAAUUUGGUUCUGAAACAUUUGACAUUGAUGUGGCUUCAGAGUGCCAUGACAUGAAGCAUUGCAAGAAUCUAGGACCAUUUGUGCAUGACUGGGAGAUCACUGAAGGCAAUAAUGCUAUGUCCAACAAGUUUAAGCUCUUAAUUACAAAUUUGCGUUGCUUACCAGAAACCAAUUCCCCUAAGACUGCAAAAGUUUCUGCUGUCUUCAGAGCGCUCUCUCCUUCAGAAGAUCGCUUCUAUUCAGGAUCAAGAACCGGUCUUUCUGGAAUGACAAUAUCCGCGGAAGGAAUAUGGAAUUCUUCCACUGGUAACCUCUGCAUGGUUGGUUGCAUUGGCCUAGAGAAUGAUGCUGAUGGAUGUGAUUCACGAAUCUGCUUGUACUUACCUGGCACAUUUUCAAUCACUCAGCGAAAUGUUCUUUCUGGAACCAUCUCUAGCAUAAAAGAGACUUAUGUUCCUUUACGGUUUAAAAAGGAACUCCGUCCUCUCGACAUCUGGAACACGUAUCAUGAUUACUGUAAAUCCUACUUAUCCUACAGGUUUACAAGAAUUGAGAUGUUAAGGGCCUUUAUGCAGAAAGACAACAGUUACAAUUUGGGGAUGCUGAUUACGAAAAUAAUCCACAGAUUUCCAGGCAUUGAAUACAAUAGAAACUUAACACUCCUUUCUUCUUUAUCCGAUGAGCUUUCUUUCCAGGUUAAAGCUCUUCCACAUGCCAUACGGAACAAGACUAUCUCCAAAACAUUUCUUUCACUCGAGGUCCUCUCAUUAGGUCAUUUGUUCGGACGUCAUUGGCCAUUUCGAAGGGAGCAUACUUGCCAAGAAGAGGGUAAAGUUCCAUCUUUCGUUGCUUAUGAUGAUCAAAAUAUACUUUUAAAUGUCUCAGCACAACUGACUGUUACUGAGAAGUACUUUAGUCACGUUGCAAAAGUCUUCCUCGAGGGACUUUACGAUGCAUCCAGGGGGGUGAUGCAUACAGUAGGCUGCAGGGAAAUUCAUAGCCAAAAGUUUAUGGAUUGCUUGAUCGAAGUUAAGGUGCAGUAUUCCUCCAAGACUACUAGGUGGUUGAUAAAUCCUACUGCCAGUGUAUCCAUUACUAGUCUGCGGAAUCCAGAAGAUCAGUUUUAUUUCAGUCCAAUCAACUUAAAAACAGUACUGAUUCCAUAUAGAGACAACUCCAAGGAGGUCAAGUUUCGCCUGAACUUCGAGGCUUGUUUCCGUAUAUUUGUUCUUUUAACUUCUGCAGCUUGUUUGUUGAGUCAACUCUAUUACGUUGAGCGAAACAUAGAUGCCACUCCUCUCAUUUCUGCUGUUAUGUUAGGUAUUCAACUUCUUGGUUAUGGUGUCCCUUUGGUCAUGGAUACCCCCAUUCUUUUUGCAUGGAAGGAAUAUCUUUAUCCACAGAGUCGAUCAUUGCAUACUGGAUCGACUAAUAAACAGUUCCAAUUCAUGAUGAAACUUCUUCUCUUGAUCAUUUUUGUGCUUACUCUAAAACUCUUUCAGAAGGUAUGGGAUUCGCGAAAGAUCUCUCCAAAGUCCUUAUCUUUGAAUCGUAGGCCAAAUGAUAAAAAGGUUCUCCUGUUUGCCUCGAUGAUCCAUGUGACCGGUUUUGCACUGUUUAAUGUGUGUCAUAGUAUUUUGGCAGGGGAAACAGAGUUGGUUACUCAACUAAACAAGUAUUGGGGUAUGAUUCAAGAUUGCUUUUUGCUUCCUCAAAUAAUUGGUCUCAUGGAAUGUAAGUUCAAAACUAAGCCUCUGAGUAAAGUUUACUACAUUGGGUUCACAGUUGUUAGGUUUGUUCUUCGUGGCUACGACUACCUUAGAGAUCCGGUUUUCAGUGUCUACUUUCACACUGAAGACAGGGCUAGCUAUAAUGAAGUUUUUCUUGGUCUGCAAACAAUCCAGGUCGUUGGUUUCUUGGAUGUGAAGAUGGCCGGGUUGGAUGCAAGUUUUUUAGGUGGUAUGAACUUGAUUAUACUGAACACGCUAGAAUUGCAUUUUCGGGAUUACAAAAGAGGAUAA